AUGGAUUCAAGAACAGUUUUAGUCUCUUGGAGACCUCCACAAUACCCAAAUGGCAGAAUACAGAAGUACAAAGUAUAUGUGAGAUCACUGGAUGGAAUCGGUUUGGACAAGGACAACUUUGAAAUCCCUGCAGAACAGACAUUUUACACUAUCUCUCAUUUGGAGCUGCACCAUCGUUAUGAAUUCUGGGUGUCAGCAUUUACAGCAGUAGGAGAAGGUGCUGGAUCCAGACAUAUUGUGCAGGCUCCAGCAAGUCAUGUACCUGCACGAAUAGCAUCUUUCACACAACAGGUGAUAGCUGUACUUCAUGAAGACUUGCACCUCUCUUGCCACUCUGUUGGAGAACCUGCACCACUUCGCCUCUGGAGAAAGAAUGAAAAACCAGUACAAGGCAGCAGUGUGAAAAUUAAUGACGAAUGGCAGCUUUACAUCAGUCCAGUUACAGCUUUACAUGCUGGGAAUUACACAUGCUCUGUGGAAAACAUAUUUGGGAAAGAUGAGAUUACAUAUUAUGUGACAGUUCAAGGAAACAGAAAUAAGGGAAUUCCUCCCACACCAGGUGAUCUACAAGUUACUUCCGCAAGCAUUUCAAGCAUUCUGCUUCAGUGGAACAUCUCUUUGGCAAUUAAUAACGUUAUUCAAGGGUUUUAUUUGCACCUCAAAAGGGAAUUUGGAGAAUGGGAAAAAAUAGUAUUAACAGCAGAUGAUAUGAGUUAUUUAUUGAGUAAUCUUCAAUGUGGGACCAGAUACUAUUUGUAUUUGCAAACCUUCAACCAACUGGGGCAAAGUUCACCUACACCCACAAUCGUGACACGCACUCAAGGCUCAGCUCCAGUGGCUCCAAGCAGUGCAGAUUUGAUAAAAGUAAACUCUACCUCAAUAUCUUUGAACUUGAGUUCUUGGAGUGAUGGUGGAUGUCCAAUAACAUCACUUGUUGUGGAGUAUAAACAAAAGAAAGCAAUAGCAUGGACACUUGUUUCAAAUAAUAUCAAAGUAGGAAAACCAGAAUUCUUGGUGCUGGACCUGGAUCCAGAAACCUGGUAUACAUUACGCAUUACAGCUCAUAAUAGUGCUGGAUCAACUGCAAAGGAAUACAACUUUGUAACACUUACAUAUGGAGGAGCCACAAUUUCACCUGAUGCUGCAGAGCGUUCAAUAUCUGGGGGCAAAAUGUUCUAUAGUGAUCUUGGAAUUAUAGGACCAACAGCAUCAGCUGUUAUAGUUCUUCUAGCAGCUGCCACUGGCCUUUUAUUGUACCUCAGAAAAAAUCAAGAGAUGUUGUCGUCAAAACCAUUUGGAGAUAAGCCAUUGGAGGACUUAAUGUCAGGAGCAGAUAAGAAGACUGUUGCACCCAUUUAUGACAGUGACGAUGGUCUGGUGGCACUGAGUCCAACACCACAGGAGUCUGUGUACUUGCCUACACCAGUGAGAGUUUCACCUGCCCACAGGAAAGGCAUAAGCCCCUACGCAACAUUUCGAGUUCCUUUAGAAGUAUCAAUGAAAAAUGCUGAAAAUAUUGAGUCAUGUGUGUCAUCUGGACCUGUUCAGUACCCUGGGAACAUUAAGAUCUCAGAAAUGGAAGAUGAAAGUUCCAAAAGCCUGAUAGAACCUGUGUGGGUGUCUAAUUGGAGAAGCAGGAGGGGGCACAUCAGUUCACAGUUGACCAAUGUACAUUACAAUGUAAGAGACAGUUUCAUAAAAAUAAUGAUUAGUUCACCAUUAAAAACAUAUAUUUUUAAUAGUUUCAAAUAUAAUGCAUUAAAAAUUGCUGUGUGA